ACCAGUUCAGCCCACCUAUCCUACCUAGGUACAGUCAGGCACCAAAAACCCCAAAGCUUGUCCGUUGAGGUAUGUGUGUCAUCCUUACCUACUCCGCAGGUGCCUACCUUAGGUAGUUCCCCGGCAUUAUAAUCUACGGCAAGGCCCUCCAUCGUUUAACCCUCUUUCGGCUUAUGUUUGGCCCAUAAACUCCAUUUCCCCAAGAUGUCUCCCUCUGUAUUCCCACGUCCUCAUGGAUGAUCGCUCAUACGCCUCUUGACGGUUGUCGGCAGGGUUUCAGAAUCGACCCAUCACGAAACCGAUAUUCUCCUCGAAAUUACUCUCGUUGGCCGGAGAAGCAGCGAGCCCAAGCCCAAGAUCAAGCUAUAAUGGCCGAUGUUGACAUGACCGACGCACCUGGACCCGCCGCCUCCAAGAAGACCGAUGGCACCGGUGGCAAGGCGAUGCAACCCAAGAAGCGAUUCGAGGUGAAAAAGUGGAAUGCUGUUGCGCUGUGGGCAUGGGACAUCGUGGUCGACAACUGUGCCAUUUGCAGGAACCAUAUUAUGGAUCUCUGCAUCGAGUGCCAAGCAAAUCAAGCUUCCGCAACGAGUGAGGAAUGCACUGUGGCAUGGGGCAUCUGCAAUCACGCUUUCCAUUUCCACUGCAUUUCCCGCUGGCUUAAGACCCGACAAGUGUGUCCUUUGGACAACCGAGACUGGGAAUUUCAGAAGUAUGGUCGUUGAGUGAAAUGCGGACCCUGCUACUUUUCGACUUGGGCGUCCAAGCCUUAGGAGCCAUUCAGGAUUAGGCUAGCGGUGCUCGCAGAAGGGUAAUGUGCAAUAGAUACGCCAGAUCAUGGGAGGCUAGUAGUAUACCUGGACGAGCAUGGAGACAUGGAACCCUGCGACUAGUAAUUACGUAGCUAAAGCCUGGAAAUAGCCGCGACGAAAGCCAGAAGGCGCGUGGCCAAAUAAGAAUGCUCGGUUGACGGCAGCUUUAUUCUGUGGUUGUUUCUAUCGCGACGAGUGAUCUGCUGGCAUAUGCAUCCAGCCACUUGAUAGGGUGUCGGGUGAAGAAAGGCCAAGGUG